GCAGCGAAAGCACCGAUGAACCCACUGCUGGCUAAGUACCUUGUGCAACUUGCUACCCAUCCCCUCCGUACAAAGGCAGCCACCUCUGCAACUUUCUCCUUCCUGCAGGAAGUCAUUGGCUCCAACGCCGCUGGCCUCCCACCAUCACCAGUAGCCAAGGAUGCGUCUCCAAUUACUAAAGCGCUCGCCAGCGUCCACGUCGACGCCAAGGCGAUUAAGAUGGCACUCUACGGUUUCUUCGUUUCUGCUCCUAUGAGCCACUUCCUUGUCGGUGCCUUGCAGAAGGCUUUUGCGGGGAAG